AUGGUGGACAGCUGCUGUUCUGGAACCACCACGGCCAUUCCAGCUGUGCCCACCUUCAUGUGCUCAAGUGGUGGCAGCUUCCGAAAUGGUAUCUGUUUGCCUAGCUCCUGCCGGAGCAGAACUUGGCAGCUGGUCACAUGCCAAGAAAACUGUCAGCCAUCCAGCAGUGCUCCAAGUGGCUGUGAACCUGCUUCCUGCCAACCUACCUGCCUUCCAGCAACUUCUUGUGUUGGUUUUGUCUGCCAACCCAUUUGCUCCCGCACAGCCUGCUAUGAAUCUGGCACUGGUCAGUCUCCUUGUCUGGCUGGCUCAUGCCAACCCUCCUGCUCGGAACCCACCAGUUGUCAGACAAAUUGCUGUGAAGCCAUCCUCGACCAGCAAAGCUCCUGCCAAGAACCUGUCCUUGUGUCCAGAUCAGCUUGUGGCCAAUCGGUCUGCUGUGAUGCUAGGUCCCACCAGCCAUCCUCCUUUGAGGUAAAUUCCUGUGCUGAAAAUUCUUGCCCACCAAUUGUCUGCACAGCUAGUCCAUGUCAGCUGACUUGCUGCCAACUAGGUUCAUGUCAACCCAUCAAUGGUGAAGAUCAGCUCUGCAGAUCGACUUAUUACCAACCCAUCUGCUACAUUUUCAAGACUUGCCAGUUGGUUCCCUGUAUGCCUGUUCCCUGCCAGCCAUCAACUUGUAUGUUCAGUUCUUGCAAUCCUACAUGCUACGUAUCAUCCCCUUGCUGGUCGCUUCCCUGCCAAUCAGCUCCUUCCAUAUCCUUCAUCUGCCAGCCAGUGGCUAACUGCCAGCCCCCAUGUUCUGUAAAGAACUCUUGCAAACAAGUUUCCUGUGGCACCGUGCUUUCCAGCCAACCAGCUUGGGAUGGAUCUACUUCCUGCAACCAAGGGGGCUGCACACCCCCUUCCUGCCAACCACCUUGCUGUGUAACAGGUUUAGGCAAAUCAUCCAAUGGUGGCUGCAAUGGCUUGUGA